AUGACAACCAUAGCCAGUGAAGACGUGUCUAUUCUCAAGUUUAAGGCUUAUUAUUCAGCUGAUACGUAUCAGCUACAGCUGUACGACAACUUACUGGAUGUUGAUGCACAGCACGAGGCGCGACAUGACAAGACAUUUCGAAUUCUGGACUUGGGCUGUGGUUCUGGUGGUGGUUUGUGUGAAUUACAAUUGCUGUACCCCAAGGCAGAAGUUAUUGGAGUCGAUAUCUCCCUUCAGGCUCUAGAACGCAGCAAAGAGGUGUGGAAACACUUCACAGCGAUGUGCCGAGAGUUUCAGAAGAAAAAGUUACAGCUGUAUCAUCAUUCGUGCGAGAGGAUGAAGGGACUAGUGACUCAUUCAGUGGAUGUUGCUGUCAGUGUGCAGAGCUUACAGGAGGUGCAGAAUCUUGGCAAAGCUGUGAACGAGAUUGCACGUGUACUGAAGCCUCGAGGACUGUUGUUCAUCGCGGACUUCAUUCCGUAUGAUGCUGCGGCAGAUCACGUGGAUCGUUCGCUGUUAUCACCCAUUUCGUCGGCUCAGGAUAAAGCUCCAGCUUUUGAAAUUGUGCAGGAACAAAUGGUCUCGUUCGAGGCAGCGAUGGGCGCAAAGCUCAGCUCUAGUAGCACACGAGAACUGAUCCAUAAGUUUAUACCUCCGGAGCUCCACUCGGAACUAGAGACCUUUUACUUCGUUGAAAACACGCCGCUGUAUGAACUGCUGCGUCGUGACCAGAUGGGCUACCGUCUGUUGUGUCUACGUAAGACAGAUAAGUGUAGCUCGGACGAAGAGGAGGAUGUUGGACACGUGACCGACUGGGUCGGCAAUGACGUUGGCGACGGCGUUGGCUAUUCUUCGGAUGAAGAGAUUCAGGAUGAUGAUGUCCCUAAUUACUAUUCGUACCAGGAGCUCUUUCCUCAGCUGGAUAUUUUAAAAGACAAUUACAACGUAAUUUUAGAGGAGAUGCAGGCCGUGCAAGAAAUCGCAACGUGGCCAUUCUGGCCGGAAAAGCACUACACGGAAGGCAGUAGCGAGUGGCGUGUGUUUCCGUUUUGCUAUACAUUCCCGGCUAGCGACGCGUCCAAGACAGCUUGGGUAUCUUCAACAUGCUCGAUGUGCCCUCGUACGGCAGAGUUACUUAAUAAUCUGCCUGGCAUUCGCACAGCGCUAUUCUCAAAACUUGGCCCCAACACGACGCUUAGCGCACAUCGAGGUUGGGCGGACCUAGCAAAUCACGUUCUGCGCGUUCAUUUCCCGCUUAUUGUACCGACGCUGUCGAAUGGUGAAUCGUGCUGCGCCAUGGUGGUGGGCGGAGAGACUACCUAUCAUGCUGAGCGUGAAUUCAUCGUGUUCGACGACAGCAAACUGCACUAUGCGUUCAACCAGCACCCUGAUGCGACACGACUUGUACUUAUCGUCGACUUCUACCGCCCAGAUCAGUUGCCGAGAGGCCAAGCUCGUGGCGGCCACUCGGACGAACUGGACGAGUUCAUCGAAUCCUUCGGAAAGCAGAUAGCAGCAAAUAAAACUGAGAGCUAG